AUGGAGACUCUACGGGACACGGCAUUCGGUAAACUGGUGCGACUAUUCAGUCGCUAUCGAUGGAUGCAAUAUCCUGAAGAGCAGGAUGCGUCGGUCUGGACUGAAUAUCUCAAAACUGAGACUGAGAAACCGGAAGAAGAGCCUUCUACGCCAGUGAAUGAGAACGAGAAUCCCGAGGAUCUGGAGGCCUUCGGUCUCUACACAGUCAGGUCGCAACUAUCCAGUCGGUCUCGGCGAAUGUCCUGUGCAUCGACUGUGCAAGAUGGAAAUCAGGGUCGAUCAAAUGGCCAACCUCUUGUCAUUAGCUGGCGAGGUCCCGAUGAUAGUGAGAACCCGCAGAACUGGAGCACCAAGAAGAAGGCCUUCGUGAGCGGUUUGAUCUGGUUGCUUACUUUUUCCAUCUAUGUUGGCUCUUCAAUUUACACUCCUGGCAUUACGGGUGUCACGGAGCAGUUCAACGUGAGUAGUGUCGCUGCUCUAUUGGGCCUGACCCUUUUCGUGCUUGGAUAUGGACUUGGUCCGAUGGUUUGGUCCCCUCUCUCCGAGAUUCCCAUGAUCGGUCGAAGUCCAACAUACGUCUUAACGCUAGUCGUAUUUGUCUUCUUCCAAUUCGCCGUCAUUUACGCCAAAAACUUCGGCAUGCUACUAGCCUUCCGCUUUCUAACAGGCUUUGUCGGAUCACCCGCCCUAGCCACUGGAGCUGCGUCAAUGGGUGAUAUCUGGUCCCCCAAGGUCCGGGACUACAUGAUCGGUGUCUGGGGCAUGUUCGCCAUUGCAGCACCCGUCCUAGGCCCAAUGCUCGGCGGCUUCGCAGCAUCCGCCAAAGGCUGGACAUGGACAAUCUGGCAGCUACUAUGGGUGUCAGCAUUCACACUCAUUCUGCUGUUCUUCUUCCUCCCGGAAACAUUUACGCCGAAUAUCCUCGCCCGUCGAGCUCGUCGAGUGCGUCGCAUCACAGGCAACUCUCAAUACAUGUCCGACUCCGAAAUCGAGAUCAGGGAGAUCAAGUCAAGGGACGUCCUCUUCGAAGCCCUCGUCCGCCCCUUUCAACUCUGCUUCUUUGAACCCAUCGUCAUCCUUCUAAAUCUCUACAUCUCCUUAAUCUAUGGCAUUCUCUACAUCUGGUUCGAAGCCUUCCCAAUUGUGUUCGAAGAGAUUCACGGCUUCAAUCCCGGCGAAAGCGGCCUCGCCUUCAUGGGCAUCCUAGUCUCAACAUGCUGCAUCACUAUCCCAGCCUACUUCUACUGGAAGUAUCGCUACCAGUCUCGCUAUUUUGAUAAGAACGGAAAUAUAGCACCCGAGUACCAAAUGCCGCCUGCCUGUGUUGGCGCAUUUGCGCUCCCCAUCUCUCUAUUCUGGUUCGGCUGGACAGGUAACUUUGAGAGCGUGCAUUGGAUCGUGCCGAUUAUCGCGUCGAUGUUAUUCGCCGUUGGGGGCUGUUUGAUUUUUAAUUGUAUUUUCUGUUAUCUUGCGCAUGCGUAUCCGAAAUAUGCGGCUUCGGUGUUGGCUGGGAAUGAUUUUAUGAGGUCGUCGUUUGGUGCUGGAUUUCCACUUUUCGCGUCGGCCAUGUUCCAUAAUUUGGGUGUUGGUUGGGCCUGUACAUUGCUUGGAUGUCUGACUUUGUGUUUUGUGCCGUUUCCGUUUAUUUUGCUGUGGCGGGGGAGAAGGAUUCGCAUGACGAGCAAGUAUGCGAGGCACGAUAUAUAG